AUGUCUUUAUUCACGUUUUUAGCUACGGUAGCCGUUUCUUUAGCCGUGAUUGAAACAAAAGAACGGACAGCGAGUCUGGUCGUGCUGCCGCCUCUGGUAUUAGGCUACGAUGAAAUUUACAAUGAAUUGAAGGAAGAACAAAACGCAACGGAAGCUAAAGCGGAGCGUUCGCCACCUGACUUCAUAGACACAAAAGGGCGACGCAAUUUUGAUAUUCAAAGGGAUUUUGGAAGCCUUUUCAAAGAUCGAAGAUCUCUAAACACCAAGAGUAUCAACGAUGACAUCAACAUAAAUGAGUUUAGCCCUAUCUUUACGUAUAGAUGA